UAACAGUGCAACCUUCUCCCUUCAUGGUUUUUGUUUAUUUUAUAUUUAAUUUACAAGAUGUUACUAAAACAAAUUCUUGCCGGUAGGAAGAGAUCUGAUUUUGUGAUUAUCAAAGAUAACAUCAACUUCAACGGUUUAGCGAUUUUAAAGAGCUUUAUCGAAGAAGGAAAAGCGAGAAAUGUUGCAAUUCACUUGAUAUUGAGUGAAUAUGAAGUGACCAAUUUUGAUUUAAGCCCAAAUAUUGUGAUUCACAAGUAUUUUCCUGAUCCUUGGAGAUUACUUACCAUUAAUGAUGACCAAAAGAAUUUUGAACUCAUGGUUGACAACAUUUUUAACCAAAGUUUGACAUCAGGAGGGCCUGUUUUAAUUUUGAUUGAUUCAAUUGCUAGCAUUUUGAAUUAUGUUGAUCUGCAUACCUUCUGCAGUUGUAUUAGAAAAUUAACUACUGCUAACAAUAAAGAUAUUCCUGUCGCCCAGGUUGUUACUCUUUUACAUUCUGAACUCCUUCCUGAAGACUCCAAAGAAUUUAAGCAUUUAAAUUAUAUUGCUACUACUCAAAUAAAUUUAAGAUUAGAACCUGAUAAGAGAACCAUGUUGGAUUUGGUUUAUAGGCAGCUCAAUGGAAAAUUUCAAAAAGAGACUUACAGCUGUCAGUAUAACUCUACUAAAGAACUCCAAUAUGAAAUUAUAAAAGAUCCUCCAAAGAAUAAAAAGCCUGAAAGCGAUAAUAUUUUAGUUAAAACUACAUUUAAAUUAACAUUGGAAGAAAAAGAGAAAGAAUCCAGAAGACAAGUCAUUCUUCCAUAUAUCAAGACAAGUAACAAAGAGAGUAAAGGACGGAUUUAUUAUGAACCAGAUGCUAAUGAUGACUGGGACGACGAAGACCCUGAUGAUGAUCUGGAAAUUUAAUUCAAGCUUGGACAAUUCUUGAAUUACUAUCCAUUAAUUAAAGUACUCAUAUUCACUGAGUAUGAUUGUGUACAGUGUUAUGUAAAUAUUUGUUCUUGUUUAUAUUAUUUGUGAAUAAUAUUUGUAUAAUAAGAAGAUUAUAAUUUUUGUUUGAAUUAAACUACUCUCCCUUA